AGACGACGGGAGGAUUGCGCAUGCGUGAUACAAAUCUGAACGAAACUAUGCAAGAUGUUAGCUCAGGACGCGACGGAACACCUUCAGGACAGUGACAUAAGUGAUGCACACUUGGCUGGAGCUGCAAGCAAAUCAAAGGAAGAAAAAACAACAGCAGGGGACUAUUUUGGUCACAAGAAAGAAGAAAUGGUAACCAUCACAGGAAGUCCCCCACAGUGUAUAGAACAGAAAACAACUACACCUUUAGUGCUUCCCUUUCAUCACAAAGCUGUUCUGGAAGGAUGGAAGAAGGUAAUAAAGCAAAGACAGACUGGAAAAACUGCAGGAAGAUACGACAUUUAUUUCAUCAGUCCUCAAGGAACGAAGAUCAGAUCCAAAUGUGCUCUUUUGGAUUACUUUAAAAAGAACAAAGAGACUGUUCUUAAACUAGAGGAUUUUGAUUUUGCAACCUCUGUUUGGAAGAGUGCAUUAUCGAGAACCGAAGAAUCUGGCAGCAGCACUGUGGAGUCCAAAGCAAGCAGCUGUAUGUCUCAGAGCCAGAUUCUGGAUUCUGGACUAGAAAGUAGUGAAGGAAAGGAUAUAGCUUCUCUGCAAAAUAACAUUCUAGAAUUCCAAAACAAUGCUGAAGAUCAGCAAGAUAUUUCUAUACCUUUACAAGGUGGGAUCACUGUGGAUAACAUAAAGGAUGAUGGUUUUAAAGCUGAACAAAAUGGUACUGCCAGAAAAAGGAACCAAGUUAAGAAAGCCAGAAAGUGUUCAAGUAUGAAGAAUUUGGGUGAUGACCAAAACAAAAGACAGAAGAGACAAUCAUAUAACAAUCAAUUAACUGAAAAUGUUAGAAAAUCCAGACAAAAGAACACAUUAUGUAGUUUUAAUAAUGACAAUAGCAGUGCCCACAAAGUGGGCCAGAGAGACUCAAAGAAAAGAAAAAGGAAAGCAUGCUUAAAGGAUGAACUUCUUCUUUCUGAGCAGAAAUUGGAGCGACGGGUUCAGCCAAAUGAAGCUUUCUUGGAACACAAGUCAGACAUUGAAGGUUUGAAAUGUGCUGAAGGUUCCAGCAUUGUUGAAGUUGCUGUUGCUGAAAACCUAUCACCACUGGAAAUGCAGAGAAAUUGUGUGCCUUCAGAGAGCCAAGAUUUAAAGAUUGCUUCCAGUGUGGAUGCUAGUGUUCAACAGACCUUAAAUGAGAAUAGUUUCACAUUAGUCAAAGAGAACCAUAUUCAAAGGACCCAAGUGAAAAGAAGGAAAACCAGUCCAUAUUUUUCCAGUAAAUUAAUCAAAGAAGCUCCAAGCCCACCUAGAAGGAAGGCCUUUAGGAAAUGGACUCCACCUCGCUCUCCUUUUAAUUUGGUUCAGGAAACACUUUUUCAUGAUCCAUGGAAGCUUCUAAUCGCAACCAUAUUCUUGAACAGGACCUCAGGAAAAAUGGCUAUCCCUGUGCUCUGGGAAUUUCUGAAGAAAUACCCAUCCCCUACAAUAGCAAGGACUGCCAACUGGAAGGAAAUGUCAGAGCUACUUAAACCUCUUGGACUGUAUGAACUCAGAGCACGGACCAUCAUAAAAUUUUCAGAUGAGUAUUUGGUCAAACAAUGGAAGUAUCCAAUUGAGUUGCAUGGGAUUGGAAAAUACGGGAACGACUCUUACAGGAUCUUCUGUGUCAAUGAGUGGAAAGAGGUACAGCCACAAGACCAUAAGCUGAACGUGUAUCAUAACUGGCUUUGGGAAAACCAGGAGAAGCUGAAUCUUAGUGAAUAGCUUAGUAUAGGUGCACAUCUCAUUUUUUAAAAAAAUGCUCUUUCUGCUGUCCUUCCUAGUCACUAUAACAUUCAUUUUUAUAUGUGUAUUUGGGUCCAGUGUUGGUUUAUGUACUUAAUAUGUAAACACUGUAAUAAAUUUGACUAAAAUAUUUUAACACAAGUGACAGUUUCUAAAUUGUUUAGGCUUUCAACAAGGCAAAUAUCAAAUUGUGAAGCAUGUUUUACAGUAUAGUAAGAUUGCAAUAUAACUGUGGAAUAACCAUCAGCUCCUUCUGUGGUAGAUGCAGUUUGAUACACACCGAGUGUUUCUAAUAUGUAAUCUUGCCAAUACAGACCCAGGAGAUAUGAACUUGGUUGGUGAAGCAGCCUGGUGUGUUUCUUGCUUUCACGAAGGCAAACUGAUUCAAGGAGGCAGGUGUUCAGCCAAGUUUUAAAGAGAAUGAUUUGUACAGAGAUGCUGGACAGGGGGCUGAAAGUGAGACUUUUACUGUGCUAGUUGAAGAAAACUUAACGGUGGCCCAGUUGACACAAUCGGACAGGCCCAGUUGAAACAAGCCACCAUCUGCCAGAAUUCCCUAAUUACUCACACCAAUGUGGGUUCACUGAACCCAGCUGGCAUGGUUUGUUGGGUUAUUUAAGAAUUGCUACAGCACACUGGCUAUCUUCAUUCAUUUUGGACUUGAACUCCCAUUGACCACAGUCAGCAUGGCGAGCAGACAAGAACAUUAAGACUUGUCCAAAAUCCUUGGUCUUCACAUUCAGAAAGGCUGAAUUGCAUGCAGUUGCAAAGGCCAUGGAGCUAUUUGGUGAGCUGCCCAGAGAACCUUUGGGACAUGGGGCGGCAUAGAAAUGCAAACAGACAAACAAGGUUAGGGAGCAUCAAACUGAGUAAGGCUGGCUUCCGCCAUAAUAAAUUGGCUAGUCCUUAAGGUGUCACACACUUACACUAUCUUUGGAACAGAGUAAAAUUAAUCUAGCUACCCUAUCAGAAAGGGGAGAAUCUUUUACAUCCGCUUGCAAGUCCACUGAACUUAGUGGUACUACUGGGUAGCCAUGUAUAGCAUCAUGCUUUCCAACUGGCAUCUGCAGAAGUGGGUAAGUGAAGCAGCUUUACAAGCUUGACUGUACAGUUUAUAGUUACUUGGGAGUAGACCACACUGUCCUCAGCAGAACUUACUUCUCAAUAAGUAUAAAGAGGAUCUGGCUGCACAUGCAGUGGCAUGGACAUCUGCUCAGGGGCAAGAGGUGUAGCUGCCCCCCCUCCCCAAUUUCAGUCAUUAGGUUGUUCUGAAUAGCAACAAAAUUCAAGCUAGGCAAAACCUGUAUUGUUAGCUAAUGUUAAAACGUAGCUGAUAGCAAUGUGAGCCCUAAACCCUGAUCAAACUUUUCCACUUCUACUACUAAAGACACUUCUCUAGCCUCGUGUCCACCAGAUGUUUUAGACUUGAACUCCCAUCAGCUACAGCUUGCAUGGCCACUGGUUAGGAAUGCUGGGAGUUGUAGUCCAAAAUUCCUGCAGGACACCAGGCUGAGAAAGGAGGUUCACCAGUAUUUCCAAAAUGAAGUUUUUCUAGAACAAGAUAUUUGAAGACAAUGUUAUGAAAAAGGCAGCAAAGCCAUAAAAUAUAUUACAUUCUUGAGAGAGAGAAAUUCUUAUGUUUUUGUGCAUGUAAGUGUUCCCCUGCUUUUUUCCUAGGUGCAUUUUCAUCCCUUACUCCAAAUAAAAUUUUGUUGAAAUUCUUGAAUGUAA